UUUCAAAAUGAAGUUCACUGCUACAUUACUGUUUGUAUUAAUCGCUGCAAUAACGAUUGCGGAAAGUGUACCAUCGCAAUCCAGGGUGGCACGAGAUGCAGAUGGAGAUGGAGAUGAUACGACACAACAAGAAACCAGUACCAGCAGCACCACAGAUUCUUCCCAAACAAAAGAUCCAAUUGGUGAACUUAUCAAGAACAUCUUAAAACCCAUAGAAGAGCUAAAAAAAAUCUUAUUACCUUGGUUGGACAAUUAAAUGUCCAUGCUUGUUUUAGAAAGGAGGUAUUUUGUAAUAUGGAAUAAGUUUUGAACUAUGAGUUUUGAUUUAAUUGUAACUU